AAUGAUCGUAACCAAUCUCCGACCGUAGUGCGGGUGGUAGCAGGCGUCUAUGCGGCAAGCGUCCACAGCGCACAUUUCUAUAUAUUUCAGGUGCCGCGACGCCGGCGAAAGGCUUCGUCAGACUACUACUUGACCUGAGUGAUUCAAACUGUUGAAGCUUAAGGUUGUGGCUUUCCUUGGCGUUCUAAGCAAACUCUUAACGCAGCUUGUCCGAACUACACAACAUGCAUAUCUUUUUGCUGUCCGCUUUGGUAGUCAUUUUGGCUGGUGGGGUGAAUUUGGUUGUGACUUUGAUACAGCGUGCAAGCAGUCCUCUCUCUUCCGUGCCUGGUCCCUGGUAUUCGAGAUGGACCUCUGCAGUAUCAACAUAUUACUGGCUCCGUGGCGAGUUACCCAUGUAUAUCCAAAAACUUCAUGAACAAUAUGGCCACGUUGUUCGUGUCAAUCCUCACGCGGUUGACUUCUCCUCGGUGUCCGCCGCCAGGCAAAUUCACUCUUACACUCGUCCAUUCCUGAAAGCCAAGAUGUACGAUAUCUUUCGUACCAAAACUAGUGCGAUCAACAUCUUCAGCACGCGAGAUCCAGUCGCCCAUGCGCGACACCGUAAACUCCUUUCCGCACCAAUCUCAGAAUCUGGUCUGAGGAGUGUUGAGCACAUUGUGCGUGGCCGAGUCGAUUUGGCGAUCGAGAGAAUGGCGGAAGAGAUAAAGAUGACUGGUAGAACAGAUGUGCUGAAGUGGUGGCUCUUCUAUACCACUGACGUUAUCGGUGAGCUGACGUUCAGCGAGAGUUUCCGUAUGCUGGAACAAGGGAAGAUGAACACGUACACGAAAGAUCUGCAAGAUCUUGCCUCCAAACUUGGUGUCCGGGUCGCCUUUCCGACGCUGAUCAAGAUUGCAUCUUACAUCCCUCUGCCGAAAUUUUCUGCUGCAUACGAAGCGUCUCAGCGGAUGCGCGCAUACGCAGAGACAUCGAUCAGCCGGUAUGAAAGGAUUGUGGCAGCUGAGCCAGACACAUUGAAGCCCAGCCUGUUUCACAAACUCUUCAAUGCGAACGAGGAAACCAUGUCCCGUGCCGAGAUUGUGGCGAACGCGCAGGCAUAUAUCACAGCCGGAAGCGACACGACGGCACACAGUCUGACAUAUCUCACUUGGGCGGUCUGUCGAGACCCGACCAUCAAGGCAAAGCUAGUCGCGGAGCUCCAAUCUCUUCCAGAACAAUUCGUGGAUGAAGAUCUCCGCAAGCUCACAUAUCUUGACCAAGUUAUUGUUGAGACGCUGAGAUGCUACGCUGCUGCCCCAGCACUGCUGCCGAGAGAUGUGCCGUCUGGGGGAUGCGUGAUCGAUGGAUACCGGAUGCCGGAGGGAACAGAAGUACAGACGCAGGCUUACAGCAUGCAUAGAAAUGCCGACGCGUUCCCAGACCCGUAUGAAUUCCAACCGGAACGAUGGGAGGCCCCUACAAAGGACAUGAAAGAUGCUUGGAUGCCUUUCGGUGGUGGUGCUCGAGUUUGCAUCGGUCUUCACCUGGCGAAAAUGGAGCUCCGUCUUGGAGCCGCUAAGUUCUUCCGCACUUUUCCCAACGCAAAGGUCUCCUCGCUCGACGGGUUCAGCGAUGCUGACAUGGAGCAAGUGAUCUUCUUCCUCAUGUAUCCCAAAGGCAAGCGCUGUCUGAUUCAAAGUUCGUAAACUUAGACGAGCAACAGCGAUAGAUGGGUUCCACACAAGCGACGCCUAGAGUUCAAAGGCUACUCCUAUGCGGAUGGAUGCAAACAGCACAUUCGAUACAUUGGAAUUGGGAAAAGACGGAUUGUGAUAAUUUCCGUAGCUUCAUUGGUAUGGGUAUCAAAUAACGUGCCGUCAUUAAUAGACGAGCACACAUAAUAGUGAAAGCUCAGCCUGUUGCAUGCAGCUGUAGGUCGACAGUAGCCAAGCCGAUCGGGUUAACCUUCUUGCCAGUGAUCUUCUCGUAGACGCCGCGCAUGCCAUCGGUCUGUUUGUGCAAUUGUUAGCCUUAGUCGUGGGCGAACCGCGAUAAUAAACGAGUGUGAAAGCUCGCACUCUGCUGAAGCAAGGUCGCGCAUCGUGUAU